AUUUGAUUUGAAACAGUGCUUGAGUUCUUACGCGUUAUUAUUACGAUUUUAUUGUAAAUAACAUAUAUAUCAUUAAGUGUUUUUUAUGCUGAUUUAAAUAUAUACACGGUGUUUAUUUAGUCACCUGCAAUAAUUUACGGGAUGAAUAUAUAGUGCUCAUAAAAUAAACUAACGAUUCGUAAUAAGGAAAUAAAGUGAAUGAAUUAUGGAGGACCCGCAAGAAGAACUGAAAAAACAAGUUAUGGAGCUGAAUGAAUGGGUCGCAAAGCAUCCACAUGUAGCCAAAGAUAUGGAUGACAAACUACUGAGAAGGUUCUUGCACAGUUGCUACUAUGAUAUGCAAAAAACACAGAAAGCCAUGGAAGCCUUCUCGAGUAUCCGCACCGACGCCCCAGCGGUUUUUGGCGAUCGAGACUCGCUGGGACAACGCGUGAAGCAAGCGUUUGAGUAUGUAACUCUAGCAUUCGUUCCCAUAUCAGGAAACAGACGCCUCUGGAUCUUCCAAAUAAAUGACCCCGGUUUCCGAAAGUUUGAACAUCUCGAGUUCAUUCGCACCAUUCUAUUGGCUUUCGAUGCGUGGUUACUUGAAGAAGGCAGUUUACAGGAUGGAGAUUUGACACUUUUUGAUGCCAAGGAUACAAGCUUGAAGAUUUUCUGGAGAAUACAUUUAUCUUUACAGAAGAUAAUGUUCAAGUAUCAGGAGGAAGCCAUGCCGAUUCGAAUAAAGCAAAUGCACAUGGUUAACACCCCGUCAUUCAUGGACAAACUAUAUUCAAUAUUAAAACCAUUUAUGAGCAAGGAAAUGAGUGACGUACUGCAUUUCCACGCGCCUAAGUCAGACACCCUGUUCCAAUACUUCAGUAAGGAUGACCUACCCAAGGACUUUGGCGGGAACCUCAAUAGUUUAGAAGUGUACAAUAAAGAAAUAAUUGACCUCAUCCAUAAACAUAGUGAUGCGUUAAAUAAAGAUGACUUGUGGAAAACUCCGAAGAAAUAGAUAUUGUCUUCAAUCUUCGGAUUUUGAGCGAAGGUGUCGAAGAUGACUGGGAACAAUGGGAAAAAUUUAGGAAUCAUUAGGUAAUGGGCGUUGCGUUGGGCUGUACCUAUACUUCUUUAUUAGAUCUUGAUUACUUAUAUCGACCGAAAAAUAAAAAUUGUGACGAUAAAUGGGGAAUCUUAUUGUUAUAUUAAAUAAAUAAUCAAAAU